AUGUUCCGCUUCCAUAAAACCCUCGACAUCAUCACGCUCUUCCACAAGCCAUCCCUCGCAUCCUCAACCAAAGCCCUGAAUGUCCUCCAAAAAGCUUCAACGGCAAUAAAAGAAAGAUCUACCACCUCUUCUUCAGGCGCACCACUACGGGGUUCAGAUUUUGAACUAAACGUCACUGAAGAACCACCCACGGCGGACCAGCUGUCGCUUAUUAUGGACUAUAUGACUUCCUCACCUCUUGCUAGCGGGGGUAUCGGGGUAGGAAAACCGGGUGAUCUGGUGUCUGGAGCGACUGAUCGGCCUGAUGCGAUUAAAAAAUUGAAGGAGAAUGCUGAUAGUUUUAUACGACCUGUGGUGGUGGACUGGAAUAAUGGGAAAGCAGUGGUUGCCACGAGCGAGUCAGCGAUACUGAAACUGCUCUCAGAAGAGACAUGA